AUGGGUUGUACACAAUCUUCUGCUGCUACUGCUGCUGCACCACCUCCCUCAUCAGCAGCAGCAAAAAACGGAUCCGCCUCCCCUUCAGCAGCAGCAGCAGCAGCAGCAGCAGCAGCAGAAUCCCCUCGCCUUCUUUCUCCAUCACCAAAGGCCCCCCAUUCUCCUACACCUAAUGAUCGACCCCCCUCAAGGGGCCCCCCUGGGGGCCCCUCUGGGGGCCCCUCUGGGGGCCCCCCUGGGAGUCCCUCUGGGGGCCCCCCUGGGAGUCCCUCUGGGGGGCCCCCUGGGGGCCCCCUUGGUGAGGGUAUUGGUAUGAUGGGUGGUGUGGAUGUAGUGGGUACUGACUGUGUACCUCCUCCCGGAGGAAGAGAUGAAGAAGUGCUUCGAAUAGGCAAAGCGCCCCCAACUUUGAUGAAUAUAAACGGCGAAGCAGUUGGAGGCGGAAGGAUAAAGAGAGAGAAAGUUGUUUUAGAAGGAGGGGCUGUAUAUGAAGGCACGUGGAAAGAUUG